GAUUCUCUCACACACAACAAAUAUUCUAAACUAACUAAAUAUACUUGAACACUUGGGUUUAAUGUUCUCAAACUCUCUCUCUCUCUCUUUAUUUCUCUCUCUCACACACACGCACACCCUAAACAGGAAAUAAAGCGAGAUGUAAAUGAGGUGAGACAGAGGAAGAGGUUAUGCAUUCUAGAGUGUGAGUGAGUGUGUGUCAGUUUUCCUGCAGCAGUUAGCACACACACACACACACACACACACACAUGAUCUGUUCACUGCUGUGUGUGUUUGUGUGAUGAUGGACGUUUUGGAGAUCUCCACACGAAACCCUCAGGACGACUUUGAGAUUCUGCUGCGGGUUGGUGGAGGGACGUAUGGAGAAGUUUAUAAGGCUCGCAAUAAACAGAAUGGAGAAUACGCAGCCAUUAAAAUCAUCAAAAUGGAGCCUGAGGAUGAUUUCUCAGUCAUCCAGCAAGAGAUCGUGAUGGUGAAGAGCUGCACACACAGAAACAUCGUGGCCUAUCACGGCAGCUACAUCAGGAUGAAUAAGCUGUGGAUCUGUAUGGAGUACUGCGGUGGAGGAUCUCUUCAGGACAUUUACCACGUGACCGGUCCUCUGUCCGAGCAGCAGAUCGCUUACGUCUGUCGAGAGAUGCUGCAGGGUCUUGAUUAUCUUCACGGACAGAAGAAGAUCCACAGAGACAUCAAGGGUGCAAAUAUUCUCCUGAAUGAUCAUGGAGAAGUCAAACUGGCUGACUUUGGGAUCUCGGCACAAAUCACAGCCACAUUUGCCCGUCGAAUGUCCUUCAUUGGGACGCCGUACUGGAUGGCUCCAGAGGUGGCCGCGGUCGAGAUCAAGGGUGGAUAUAAUGAGCUGUGUGAUAUCUGGUCUGUGGGAAUCACAGCGAUUGAGCUCGCAGAACUACAGCCGCCUCUCUUCGAUGUCCAUCCUCUCAGAGUUUUGUUCCUGAUGUCCAAGAGUGGCUAUCAGCCUCCAAAACUCAAAGACAAAUCGAAAUGGACACCCACUUUCUACAACUUUGUGAAGUGCAUGCUGGUCAGAAACCCAAAGAAGAGACCCAGUGCUAAAAAGAUGCUAAUGCACAUGUUUGUGACUCAGCAAUGUUUGAGACAACAGUUAACCCUUGAACUGCUGGACCAACUCAGACACCCUGACGAACACAAAAACUUACAGACCGAUGAUGACGAUUUGGAGGUGAUUGUCCCACAUUCACUAAGAAGAAUUCACUCGAUCAACAGACACAACCGGGCCGAGAGAACGAACUCAGACAUCAGCUUGGAACAGAUCUACACACAGAGACCCGCCACUGACAAACGAGAGUCUCCAGAAGGAACGUUACAGUCGUCAGGAGGUCAGUGGAUGAGUCCUCCCAUCAUUUCCAGAAGAAGAGAUGAGAGCGUGGACACGGAUGACGAUUACGAUGACGUGGAAAUACCAGCGGGGUACAGUACAUCACCAAUAAUCUACAGUACAGAUGCAUGUCUUCAUGAAUUAUGAAGAUCUGAUGGAGCGUGUUUUUCUCUCUUCAGUAACACACUGCAGUACAGCGAUGAAGUUCCUCCUCCUCUUCCUCCCAAACCGAAGCAGAGCAGUAGUUCAGAGGAGAGUAUGGCAGCAGAAGAUGAUCACAGUAAAGCUCCGUUCAUCAGCGUCCCGUCACCUUUAUUCAGGACGUCCAGCGGGACACACACUCGACCUCGACCCAUCCCUCGACCACGAUCUGUGCG